UUACAAUUUGUAAACAGGCAAAAUCAUACGUGCAAGUUUAUGUGGAACGCAUCAAGCCUCCCAACAAUUCAGUAAAAAUGCCAGAUAAACCCGUGAAACAGGAUAGCAAGAAGGACGAUGGAGCAGAACUGGAAACGCAGAUUAUCAUGCGUAUGCCCAAGGAACCAGCAGCCGCGCUGCGCGAAGCGAUACAAAGCGGUGCCAAUAAUCUGAAGGACCGACUGUUCAUACGGUUGGAAAAUGAGCUGCGAUAUGGCGAAGUCCGGUUUGACCAUUGGUUGCUGCACGCAAAGGUGGUUGAUCUUCCCACCAUAAUAGAGUCGUUGAAAACAAUCGACUCGAAGAAUUUCUACAAAACUGCGGACAUAUGCCAGAUGAUGAUUUGCAAGGAGGAGCCCGAGCAGCAAUCAGCCGAAGAGGAAUCGCCAAACAAGAACAAGAAAAAAGACCCCAACAAAGUGGACAAAAAGUACCUGUGGCCGCACGGGGUGACGCCGCCCUGCAAAAAUAUAAGGAAGCGCCGGUUCCGCAAAACGCUCAAGAAGAAAUACGUCGAAGCACCGGAGAUCGAGAAGGAGGUGAAGCGUUUGCUGCGGGUCGACAAUGAAGCGGUCAAUGUGAAGUGGGAGCUGAUCACCGAGGACGAGGAUCCGAACAAACCUUCGCCAGGAUCGGGCACCGAGACGGGAGCACCGAACAAGAGCCCCUCGAAGAACACGAAAAAAGGGGACCACCACAACAAGGACGUCGGGGAGCACGAUAUCUUCGGGGAGGAAGUGUCCGAUUCGGACGAGGAAGAUAACCCGAUCAACAAGAACAUCGACAUCGACGAGAGCAGCCGACUGUCGGCGGAAGCCGACGAUAGCCGGCUGUCCGAUUCGAGCUCGUACCAGGGCACGCAGCAGCAGAGCGAACGGAACCCGGCGCUGGAGUUUAACAAAAGCAUGUUUAGCGGGGCUGGUUCGAGCGGCAGCGGUUACCGGGCGGCUCGUAGGCCCGACACCGCUGCCACCAGCAGUGCGGGCGGAUCAAAGUCCAUGUCGUUCUUUCACGGUGACAGCUCGCGGUUGGAUUCCGACAACGAUUCGUCCGACAUGCCGCAAUCCGGUGGGUACGGUAAUAGCCAGCACAGUAACGCGAACAGUGCCACCGCCAGCAGCACGAACAACAACGCACGCAUCUACGAGCUGCAGCGCCAGAUCAGCGAGCUCAAGACGCAGCGCAAUCAAAAGGAGCAGGAAAUUCGCACGAUCGAAAAUCAAACUUUGCGCCAGCGUUUGCAGGACAAGCUGGACAGCUUGCUGAUGGAGAUUCACGACAAGGAGAAGGAGAUUCAUGAUCUCCAAUCGGGCGAAAAGUAUAAUCUGGACUAAUUCCACUCCACCAACAGGGAAACGAUUCGAAGUCCCACGAUUCAUUCGUAAAAAGUUUAUAAUAUAUUUUUUUUCUUUGUAAACAGUUUUUAAGACCCUAACGUUUUAUCUACGACCCUGGUGCACGGAAUGUCUGUGUAUGUGUGUUGAAAGUACGGGAAUGUUUAGCGGUAUGUAUGUGUGGUCCUCUCUAGCUUUAUUCGCUUCCUCAAACGACUGUUUGAACGCGCAGUUCGUUUGUAAGGCAAUCGGGUAUUUGUUUCUUGUUUUGUUUUCGAUGGCCACGCACAAUAACGUCCAUCGCGUGAAGCUGCCGCCCGGUGUAUGUUAUGCUAAACUACGCUAGUGAGUAUAGGUCACAAAAAUUGGGUGAUUCUUGCUCUUGUAAUACCGAACAGUGGUGUUCGUUUUGCGUUGCAAUAUGCGUUCCGGGGCUCCGGUACUACCCCGGUGGCUCUCUUGCUCGCCUGUCUCGCUGUAUUGUUCUAUAUAGCUAAGCGAAUAAUAACGAAAAAAAAAAUACUGUGUAAUAAUGUUCGUGGAGCAAAACACCCGCCGAACAAGCUAGCCGAUGGGGAAGGAAACGGAACGAGAACGGCUUGCAGGAAUCGGCUUCUACAGUCGAGGGGGAGUUUGAUAAAAGUAUAGUAACGGCUAUAUAAACUUUGCACCACGCCGUGCCCCAUCAUUUCGUUUGCUUUCUCCGCCAACCAUCUGAUUAUUACUCGCAGUUUUGCGUUUCGUACGUGUGUGAGUGGAUGGAUCCACCAUUGGACCGGCGCGGACGGUGUACGUGACUUUGCCCUUUUUCCUACCCCGCAACUCUACCACCUCUCCUCGCUCUCCUCGCAGCCUUAAGUACAUGUGCAACCCCUUUGCGCAUUCCUUCACAUAUUUGGUAUUGGAUAGCAGCUAGCUGUUGUUAGUUUCGUUUUGUGUAUGAAGUUGCCGACCCAGCUUGUGAACUGAUUUUACCCGGGAUGUUGCGAUGUUGGACAAUUUAGUCUGAAGCACACAGGGCUUAUUAUUGUGCACUUGUAUAAUUGACGGGCGAAUUUCCUUCACCGGUUCCACUCUGAAACCCUUUUUUCCUACCUUUGCGCGGAUCGUCGUUUUGUCUUUUUCGAGCCAUUACUCCCAUUUUAUGACGAUUGUACCGAUCGCCGCCCGGUAAAAAGUGUCGUUUGCUUAGUGUUAAAUGUAUAAUGAAGUACAUCUGUUGACUUACAGCAAACGUGCUGUUUUGAUUGAGUCGUAAGCUCUCUUAUAUGGGGGAGAGAUAUAUAUAUAUAUGUGUUGCACCACUAUCUCUCUGUCCUGUGUACGGAACGAUUGUCCGUCAGACAGCUUAGAAAGGCACGGUAUGCACACUACAACUUCAAAUAUACGGUUAAAAUUUGUAUCUCUUA